GGAUUGGUAUAACGGGUUUUAGUAAAGCAAUAGAUAAAAAAAACAGCUGAUUUCAUGAUUCGCUUCUGGCUCCAUCUGUUCUUUGUGCUCGUGUGGCUCGGUUUCUGGGAGCCUGUCGAGGCACGAAGAGCACGUUUUAAACCAACACCACCAAAGCCAAAGAAAACCGAGGGAGAAAAAGCUAUUGAAAGACUAGCUCCAGGUCAAAACAUCAACAUUGAUCAGAUGAGUGGGAAGUGGUACCUGCUUAGUGUAGCAUCACGGUGUAGGAAUCUUCUGGAGAGCGGCUUCAAAGUGGAGAGCACGACUGUAACUUGGACUAUAACUGGUGCCAAGGUGUCUGUCAGCACUGUGAGAAAACUCAAUUUUGAGUGCUGGGAAAUCAAGCAGGACUACAUGAAAACAAAGACCCCGGGCCAGCUCUUUCUCAAAGGUAAAAGACCUACUGAGAAUAUGGACAUAAUGGUGCUUGAGACGGACUACAGCUCAUAUGCUAUGUUGGUUUUGAAGAGAGCAGGGAAAAUGACCAUGAAACUAUAUGGACGGUCGAGUGAAGUUCCUGAUAAUAUCGUGGAUAAAUUUGAGGAUCGUGCAAAGACAUUCAAUUUGGGAUUGGACGUCAUUUUCCAGUAUCCAGACUACGGGUUCUGCGAGUCCACAGAGAAGGUCCUGGAUAUGACCUAAGACUGACUGGCCAGUAUUGUUGAUUGUGAGCUCUGUGCGAAUUACAACAAUAAAGUUAUUAUGUAAUUUCAA